AUGGCGAAAACCAUUCUUCAUCUCCGCUCAGAGUUGGGAAAAUCUCUUGAACACCGAUCCGCCCUUACCCCCAAGACAGUUAAGGAACUCAUCAACGCUGGAUAUACUGUCAAUGUUGAACGUAGUCCCCAACGUGUGUUCAAUGAUGAAGAAUUCGAAAAAUCUGGCGCAAAUUUGGUUGAUGAGUAUUCUUGGCGUGGAAUACCGACUGAUCACAUCGUGGUCGGGUUAAAAGAAUUGCCCGUAGAGCAAUUUCCCCUCGAACAUACACAUAUUCAAUUUGCCCAUUGCUUCAAGGAGCAACGUGACUGGGAUAAGGUACUAGCUCGGUUUGCGCAUGGCGGUGGCACACUUUUAGACCUUGAGUUCCUAUCCGACGAAAAUGGUCGUCGAGUCGCCGCCUUUGGAUAUCACGCUGGAUUCGCAGGUGCAGCUUUAGCCCUGAAGACCUGGGCGUGGCAAUUAACCCACCCGGUAUCAGAUCCCCUUCCUAGCGUCUCUAGCUAUCCAAGUGAAGGACUACUCGUUGAAGACGUCAAGAAAUCUAUCACCGUGGGCAAGGAAAAGUGUGCACGCUACCCUCGGAUAAUGGUGAUCGGCGCAUAUGGCCGCUGUGGCAAAGGAGCCAUUGAGCUUUGUUUAAAAGCCGGCAUCCCUUCGGACAACAUUUUGGGCUGGGAUAUGGAACACACUGCAAAGGGUGGUCCGUUCACCGAAAUCGUGGAGAGGGACAUCUUUAUCAACUGCAUUUAUCUCACAGAGAAGAUCCCCAAUUUCAUCGAUAUGCAGAGCCUUAAUGUUUCUGACCGCAAUCUAUCUGUCAUUUGUGAUGUUAGUGCCGACACCACUAACCCAUACAAUCCCAUACCAAUUUACACAAAGGCUACGACAUUUGACGAGCCUACAGUUUCUGUCAACGUGGCAUUGGGGCCACCUUUGAGUGUUAUUAGUAUUGAUCAUUUGCCAAGUCUUCUUCCGCGUGAAGCUAGCGAGGCUUUUAGUGGAGAUCUCCUGCCGUACCUAUUGCAGCUUAACGAUUGGAGAAAUACACCCGUCUGGUCCAAGGCUGAGAAGCUUUUCCGAGAAAAACUAGCAUUACUGCCUAAGGAAAGCUGUGAUAACUCCAAGCAUGAAUGA